AUGAGGAACGUUUCCAAGCUGCUACACUCAACUGACCCUCGGAUCAUUACCAAUUAUGUCUUCAUUCGGUAUGUCUCUUCCUGGAGUGGAGAACUCGGAGAACGAUUCGAUGACGUUUCACAGGUUUCACACAUUACUAAAACCUAUGGUCCACAAUACAAAAGGCAAAAGCAAAAACCAUGCACAAGAACGGAUUACGCUGCUAGUGCCAUUUAUGUCAGCAAAGUGUUCGACAAGGCAUCAAAGAACUCAACGUUGGAUAUGGCGAACGAUAUAAAAGAAGCGUUCCACGGAAUGCUUGUCGAAGAAGACUGGAUGGACAAUGCUACAAAGAAGGUACUUUUUCCUAGAACAAAAACUCUCCCACUGAAUGCAGUGGCCUGGUGUUCUGAUCGCAUGAUCUGA